CCAAGAUGGAGAAAUAUAGAAAAGAAGGAAUAUGUGAUAAACAAAACAAGAAUUUUUGAACAUGUCAUAAUGACAGCGGUUUCUAUAGGAUUGUAACUACGUAACAACGUAUAUAUUUAAGUUUCAGGAACACUUUGAAAAAUGGCCUGUUCAGCACCCGAAGGUGCUUGGUCAAGUGAUGUCACAACAGUGAAGCUAUUCAUCACGUCCUACUCAGACGACUUCUUCGCAGAAAGGGAAAUCAUUCGAAAAGAGAUUUUACCGGACUUACGAACAUGGUGUGAACAGAAGAAUUUAAAAUUCAUAGAACAGUCUGUAAAAUGGGGUGGCCGUCAUCCCGAUCGACGGAACGUGUCUGACCUGGAGAAGGUUCAAACCAGCAUCGAGAACUGCUACUACAACAACGUAAUGCCCUUGUUUAUCAAUCUGUCAUGUGAAUCUGUUGGCUGGGUGCCGAUGUGGGGUGAGUAUGCUGACGAGGUGAUAGAAGACUACAUUGAAGCAUACGGGUUGUUAGUGGAAGAUCUCCAAGUGCUUUAUGGUGCCUACCGCGAGGACAAUCUAAACUCUAUAUUUCUGUUCAGAAAUGACUCCUUCUUAAAAACAAUUCCCACUGAUGAACAAAAGUACUUUGUUCAAAGAACGUCUGCUUCGGAAAAAAUAUGUGGACCACGAGAUAAAAUUUCUCAGAAGUUUCCAGCCAAAAGAAUCAAACGUUACACUUGUGAGUAUAAGGGACUCGAUCACAAACACAGACCUCAGCUAAAGCUGGAUGAUGUCCUCAAAACACAGAUACUAGAGUUUUUGAAGCAGAGAAUAGCGUACGACUACUGCGGAGAAAGUCCCCAGCUCUCUGAUCACCCAGACAGCUUUGUGCAGGCUGCCCACAGGGAGUUUCUCAACCACAAGAGUCAACUGGUUCUAGGUCGAGAUAGUGUUGUACAGAAAAUUGAAGACUAUAUUCUUCAGGAAGAAAAGGAUGUGCCAUUGUUGUUGUUAGGUCGUCCUGGUUGUGGCAAAUCUUCUAUUUUAUGUAAAGCUGCUGAUGUGAUACUACAAAAAGUGGAGAAUGAUGAAAUCCACGUUGAUGGAGGGAAAUCUUGGCAUGUGUUUUACCAUUUUGUCGGAGCUGUGCCCGGAUCCACAUACCUGGAACCCAUGUUGAAGAGGUUACUAAGGGAAACCGAGGUUGCCAAGGAUUCGAGCAAUAUGCCAAAGGACUUGGAUGCGACGGCUCACUUGUGUUGUAGUGUGCUGUCGAACCCCAACACAAGACCUCUGAUCAUCUUCAUUGAUGCUCUUAACCAGUUUGGAGAAGACCAGGCUGCCAGAGUGAUUAGCUGGUUGCCACGGAAACUUGCUCCACAGGUUCGGUGUAUUUUUUCUGUGAUUAAUGACACUACUCACCACACUGCUUUGAUGAGCAGAGAGACUAAAUCUAUAGAACUACAUAUCAAGCCGUUGGAUGUGAUAUCAAGAAACAAUAUGGUGAAGGACAUGUUGAGUAGAAAUGGCAAGGAACUGCCAGAACACCAGCUGUGUAAACUGUUGGAUCAUCAGUCGUCAGAAAACCCGCUGUGGCUGUCCGUGGCGUGUGAGGAACUCUGUCGGCUGGAUGGCAGUCUACUCAUUACAGAAAAAAUCAACAAUUUCCCCGAAGGCCUUUUGAAUUUAUUGGAACAGUUACUGUCUCGGUUUGAGAGUGAAAGGGGAGGUAACCUGGUUGUUGCUACUCUUUGUUUGUUGGAGGCAUCAGCUGCUGGUCUGCUGGAGUGUGAGCUUCGUGAAAUACUUGGAGAAGAAGACACUUUGAUGCCACCAUCACCAUAUGAUGAGAAAGAAGAGAAGGAGUGUUCAGAGAAGGACAAGGUCAAGCAGGGUGGGUGUCUCGCCGAGGAGAAGUGGCAGCAUGUGUUCACCACGCUCAGACCAUUCCUCAGACCGUAUGGAGACAGCAAGGAGGGCCGGCUCGACUUUUAUCACAGGGCGCUCAGCAAGGCUGUCCGCAAAAAGUACUUCCAGAAGUGUGAAGAUGAUGGAGAGGAGGAACAGGGAUGCGAAGAGGAGAAACCAGAUGCAUACUACUGGUGGCACAAAAAACUGGCAGACUACUUUGCUCAGGUUACUAACAUGGAUCGGAAAGUUGAGGAGUACCCACAUCACCUUGUAUGCCUUGAAGACAAAUACAGGUUGUGGCAAUGUCUGUGUGACUGGCAGACAUUUGACAAAUUGUAUAACGAUGAAUACAGCUCACUUCUUCUUUCAUUUUGGAGAAAGGUUGGCACCUCAACAGAAAUGAUAUCACAUUACGAGGCAGCUCUGACCAAGUUUGAGGAAGACGAGACAGUUAAUGAAGAAUCGGUGUCAAUACAGUAUGAAAAAGUCUGCAGGGUUGUGAUUCAAGCAGGCAAGCACCAUGAGGCACUGGAGCUGCUGAAAACUGCAAUGAAAAUCGAGGAAAUAGAGCUGGGUGCACGACCUCACCGCAUGGUGGAGCUGUUCGCACUGAUGGCCGAGAUAUACGAUGAAAAACUGAAGUUAAAUGACUUUGUUUCUCCGUGUCAAGUCCCUGACCUCAGGAAGACAAUAUAUUACGGCAGAAAGUCAAUAGCUAUCAGGAAGACGUUACCAGGAUCAUAUCACAAAUUCAAACUGGCCAUGAGUUUGAUGAAGUUGGCCUUCAACAUGGAGAGUUGGGAGGCUUGUGGAGGGGGUGCCGAAUUGUCAGGAAGCGAGGCCCUGGCAGAGGGCAAUAAGUACAUUGACAAGGCUAUUAAAAUAUUUCAAGAGCUGAAUGACAUGGGACAUUAUGCGGAGGCUCUCAUGACAAAAGGUGUCCUGGCUCCAAGAGGAAGCAUGGAGCAGUUAAAGCUGUAUAACGAGGCGAUGGAUCUGUGUAUGCAGAUGUACGGUGAACUACACAUUCUCACUUCCAGACUGUAUAUUAACAUUGGUAUUGUCUAUGAAGACAACAAUGACUACAAAAAGGCUUACGAAUACUUCAAAAAGUGGGCCAAAGUCAGCGAAGAGAUACUGGGCCCGGAACACCCCAAGACUCUGCGAGCGAAAGGUGUGUUACGUGAGACGCGAUACAAACGGAUAGCCCAGGAGCUGGGGGAAUGGGACAGUGAGAGACAGGAGGAGGAAGAGGACAAUCAUCUGGAGUCCGAGGACUGGGAGGAGGAGGAGAAUCCGGACGCUGAACACGGAUUUGAGGAAUCUCAUUACCCGACAGAAGGCCAUUUGGUUAUACACUCGGACGAUGAAGUGAACAAUGGUACCAGUAAUAACGAUGAAACGAACAAUGUGUCAGUAGGUGACCAGAUUCUGAUGGACGACGAUCUCUCAGAUGAUGAAAAUAAUCAGGUUUUGAUGAACGGAUAUUUCACAGAAGAGGAGGAUCGGAUUUCGAUAAAUGAGGAACAUACGGACAGUGAGAAUUUGUACGACGAUAAUUUCGAGGACUACGAUGAGCAAUAUAUUCUUCAUGUGGACAAUGGCCCUGUGAUUGAAGAGUUUAAUAUUCAUUUAGGUGAUGAUGACAAUGAUGAUAAUGACAUUGUGGAACUGGUGUCAAGGGAUAUUGACAACCGAUAUGCAAGUGACAGUGAUCAUGAAAUAUGAGACAGUGCGAGAGAAUAGGUGUGACAAAAAAUGUAAAAAUAAUAAAUUUAACUAUUUAUGAUAAA